AUGAAUGACAUCCCUAUGGAUGAUAUUGAGGAGGUUGGCAUAGACUUUGGCACAGCCUACAGUGGCUACUGCUUCUGUGAGAGAUCCAACCCUUCUGAUAUCUUGAAUCCACACUGGGGGAAAAGUGGGGGUUUUGAUACACUGAAAACUCCAACCUGCAUUUUGUUUGAUGAAGAUGGUACAUUCCUGGAUUUUGGCUAUGAAGCACUGAUGGCAUACAAGAGAAUAGGUCAAAACAACAAACGCUUUUUCAAUAAUUUCAAAAUGCAGCUUUACAACAAAAAUAUUAACAGAAACACGAUGAUCUCCGACUCUGAAGGGAAGCCUAUGGAGGCUAUGAAAGUGUUUUCUGAAAGUCUCCGAUAUCUAAAGGAUCAUGCUCUAAACAUGAUAAGAAAACAUACAUGUGGAAGAACAUUCAGUGCCUCUGAUGUGACCUGGGCACUGACUGUGCCAGCAAUCUGGGAACCUGCAGCCAAACAAUUCAUGAGAGAAGCAGCAAUACAGGGAGGCCUGAUCACUGAGACAUCAAGAGAGCUCUUCAUGGCGUCAGAGCAAGAGGCAGCCUCAGUGUGGUGCAAGAAGCUCUUCAGGGAUGACAUACCGGAGAUAUUAUUUGGAACACAGUUCAUUGUUGUUGAUUGUGGAGGUGGAACAGUUGACAUUACUGUGCACCGGGUAGUGUACGAAAUCUCGCUUCCCAGGCAGCUAAUGGAAUUAAACAAAGCUUCGGGUAACGAUAUGGGUGGUGGGACAGUUGAUGCUAAGUUCAAAAACCUCCUCAGAGACACCUUUGGCCAUGAUCUCUGGGACAAAUAUGAAAAAGAUCACCCCAGUGAAGUGCAGAGAAUGAUGUUUGAUUUCACUACAUUUAAAUGUAAUAAAAAGAUGAAGGAUGUUUACAUUCCUUGCCAUUUCAACUUGAUCACUUUAGCGCAGGAGAAGCAAGACAUUUGCCGCUUCUUCACAGAUGUUCAGGGAGUCUCAUGGUCAGAAGGCUCUAUCAAAAUUAGCUUUUCAAAGCUAGAAGAAUUGUUCAGGGAGAGUUUGGACAAAAUAGUGCAGGACAUAAGAGCACUCAUACACACACCAGAGCUCCACAUAGACUGCAUUCUCUUAGUAGGGGGCUAUGCAUCUUGUAACAUCCUUCAGAAUGAAGUGAAAGAGCAGUUUGGCUGUCUGUGCAGAAUCCUCUGUCCUGACGAUGCUCAGCUGGCUGUGGCAAAAGGGUUAGUCCUGUUUGCGUUGAGGGGCAUGAGAGCGAGAGCACGAGAUCCUGCAUGGUUGAGCAUGAAUGUUUUCAGCUGGAUUUAGGGGAAGGCUGUUUUAAUCAUUGUUUAGCUCAAAUUCAUUUAGAGUGUGUUAUAUUG